AUGACAAAUAUCCCACUGAUGACAGAAUCCAAUGUAUCCCCAAAAGAAUAACCUUCCUGUCCUAUGAAGAACAUCUGGGCAUCAUCCUGGUCUCCUUUGCUGUACUCUUGUUUCUAACAACAGGUCUUGUUUUAGUCAUAUUCCUUAAAUACCUAGAAACUCCCAUUGUCAAAGCUAACAACCGGGACCUGUCCUACAUCCUCCUGGUUUCCCUCUUGCUUUGCUUCUUGUCCUCCUUUUUCUUCAUUGGCCGACCAAGGAAAGCCACCUGCCUUCUCCGACAAACUAUGUUCAGCAUCAUCUUCUCAGUAGCUGUGUCUUGUGUGUUAGCCAAAACAAUCAUGGUAGUGCUGGCCUUCCUGGCCACGAAACCAGGGAACAGGGUGAGGAGAUGGUUGGGGAAGAGCUUGGCCAACUCCAUCAUCCUUUCUGGUUCUGCUGGAAAAAUUGUCAUUUGUGCAAUCUGGCUGGGAGUUUCUCCUCCGUUUCCUGAUUUUGACCUGCACUCCCAAUCAGGACUGAUCAUCCUUCAGUGCAAUGAAGGCUCUGUGACCAUGUUUUAUGUGGUUCUCUGCUACAUGGGUUUCCUUGCUGCCGUUUGCUUCACAGUGGCUUUCCUGGCCAGGAACCUGCCUGGGGCCUUCAACGAAGCCAAACUGAUCACCUUCAGCAUGCUGGUCUUCUGCAGCGUCUGGAUCUCCUUCCUGCCCACCUACUUGAGCACCAAAGGGAAAUACAUGGUGGCCGUGCAGGUUUUCUCCAUCUUGGCUUCUGGGGCUGGCCUGCUGGGCUGCAUCUUCUUCCCCAAGUGCUACAUUAUCAUCCUGAGACCAGAUCUAAAUACUAAGGAACAUUUAAUG